UCUUUCCUUCGCUGCUCCUUUCCUGAGGCUGGCCCCUCUCAGCUGUAACAGACACACUUGGAUCAAUGGUUUCAUUGCUGGGUGUUGUGCUCAGGCAGCACCGUUGAUUUGGACCUCAGAAGGUGGAGACUUGGAGACAGUGCUGAGAUCGCUGAAAACUGCUGGCUGUGUGAAUUGGGGAGCAGAUGCAGUAAAUAUCCAGAUAACACUUCGGUGCAAUCUGAUGCUUAAAUUGGAUGUCACUUGCUCUGAACUGAUUGAGGGCAGUUGGACUAAACUGACACUCCCAGGUGUAAUGUCAGAAGACUCCCAGGGUAUUGUCCUUCCUCAUACUGCUGAUCUGUAGUCAGAUAAUCCUGAUUUAUCAUUACAGGAGUUUCUAGAGCUCCAUGUUUCUUUGAUCAAGUCCCAAGGAGAUAAGUUUUCAUUUUCUCAAAGGCAAAAAGUUGUAACCAGUGGUAUUUAUGAUCAUGGAGACCAAGAGCCAUAACAACCCCCAGGACAGACCCACACCCUCUGGCAAUGGGGGGACUUCCGGGGACAACAAUCAUUUGUUGAUAAAAGCUGUUAAACAAGAAGACAUGGAGCUGGUCAAGCAGUUGCUGGAAGGAGGGGCUGAUGUCAAUUUCCAGGAAGAGGAAUGGGGCUGGUCCCCUCUGCAUAACGCAGUGCAAAUGGACAAUGAGGACAUUGUGGAACUGCUGCUUCGCUAUGGUGCUAACCCUUGUCUGAGGAAGAGGAAUGGGGCUACCCCCUUCAUUGUCGCUGGGAUUGUGGGAAAUGUGAGGCUGCUCAAACUUUUCCUUUCAAAAGGUGCAGAUAUCAAUGAGCGGGAUCUUCACGGCUUUACGGCUUUCAUGGAAGCCGCUGUGUAUGGUAAGGUCGAAGCCUUAAGAUUCCUGUAUGAGAACGGAGCAGAAGUAAAUUUGGGUCGAAAGACAAUGGAGGACCAAGAGAGGCUUAAGAAAGGAGGGGCCACCGCUCUCAUGGAUGCUGCUAAGUACGGACAGGUAGAUGUCUUGAGGAUCCUUCUUGAAGAGAUGGAGGCAGAUGUCAGAGCUCGUGACAACAUGGGCAGAAAUGCUUUGAUCCAUGCUCUUGCGAGGUCUGAUGACAGUAAUGUGGUGGCCAUCACUCGCCUUCUGUUGCACCAUGGGGCCGAUGUCAAUGUGAGCGGAGAAGGAGGGAAGACGCCCCUGAUCCUGGCAGUGGAAAAGAAGCACUUGACUUUGGUACAGAUGUUUCUGGAACAAAAACAUAUCGAGAUUGAUGACACAGACAGGGAGGGCAAAACAGCACUGCUGUGGGCUGUCGAACUCAAUCUGAAGGAAAUUGCCGAGUUGCUGUGUGGCAAAGGAGCCAGCACGGAUUGUGGGAACCUUGUUAUGUUAGCGAGGCGCCAUUACAACAGUUCCCUUGUAAAGCUUCUUCUCCAUCAUGGAGCCAGAGAAGAUUAUCACCCUCCAGCUGGAGACUGGGAGCCUCAGAGCUCACAUUGGGGGCCGGCCCUGAAACAUCUCCACAGGAUAUACCGCCCUAUGAUCGGCAGACUCAAGAUCUUUAGGGAUGAAGAAUAUAAAAUCGCGGACAGUUCAGAGGGAGGCAUCUACCUGGGGUUCUAUGACGAGCAAGAGGUAGCUGUGAAGCGAUUCUCUGAAGACAGCAGUCAUGGACAAAGGGAAAUCUCCUGUCUACAGAGCAUCCGAGGGAAGAGUAACUUGGUGACAAUCUACGGGCAUGAGAUCCACAAGGGCUGUCUGUAUGUGUGCAUCUCCCUCUGCGAGCAGACACUAGAGGGGCAUUUGGCAGAGCGCAGAGGGGAGGCUGUGGAAAACGAGGAAGAUGAGUUUGGCCGAAACAUCCUCUUAUCUAUAUUUAAGGCCGUGGAGUGUAUCCUGUCAUGUGGAUACACUCACCAGGAUCUACAGCCACAAAACAUCUUAAUAGAUUCCAAGAAGGCUGUUCGUGUGGCAGAUUUUGAUAAAAGCAUCAAGUGGGCUGGAGAACCGGAGCAAGUCAAGAGCGAUCUAGAGGCCCUUGGACGGCUGGUCCUAUAUGUGGUAAGGAAGGGAGACAUCCCUUUUGAGAUGCUGAAGACUCAAAGCAACGAGGAAGUGAUUACAUUGUCUCCAAAUGAAGAAAUUCAGGACCUCCUUCAGCAGCUGUUCUGGCCUGGGGGAAAUGUGGAGAACCUUCUGAGUGACCUGCUGGGUCAUCCUUUCUUCUGGAGUUGGGAGAGCCGCUAUAGGACCCUUAGGGAUGUGGGAAAUGAAUCCGACAUCAAAACGAAAAUACAAAGCCAAGAACUCAGUAUCCUCCAACUACUGCGACCUAGACCAUCUGAACCUUCCAGAAGUUUUGAUAAGUGGACCUCUGAGAUUGACAAACGCAUUAUGAAAAGAAUGCAAUGGUUUUAUAGAAAAAACCCCGAUUUAAAAUACGAGGAUACUGUGGGUGAUUUGCUAAGGUUCAUCCGGAAUUUGGGGGAACACAUUAAUGAAGAAAAGAAUAGAUGGAUGAAGUUGAAAAUUCAAGACCCUUCCCGGUAUUUUCAGGAGAAAUUCCCCGAUCUGAUCAUCUACAUCUAUAAGAGACUACAGAACACAGAAUAUGCAAAGCAUUUUCCCCAAAUUCACAAUGCACACAGGCCCCAGUGUGAUGAGGGCAAUGGUGGCCAGCAGGCUAGCCAGCCCUGAGUGCUGACUGAGCCUUCUGAGGUCCUUAUUAGCUGUGUGAUCCAGGGCAAAUCACAACUCUCUGGGCCUCUUAACCAACCUGGUUGCUUGUGAGGGAUGAGUUGGAUCGAUAAUGUCAGUUCCUGGCAAUGUGUCAGGCAGUCCCUACAUGUUUAUAUAUAUAAAAAAGUAUAUGCUCAAAUUACCCUGGUGCUUUUUGAGGGGUAAAGAUUAGAAGCAAGAGCCAGAGGGCAUCCUGCUGAAAUUCCUCUUGUCUAUUGCACGGAAGGAGUGAGUACCUAGACUUUUAGUACUGUAUGCUUUACAUCAACUAUCUCGUGUAAUUAUCCCAAAGAUCUUGUUUGCAGCAUGGGUUAAUAUCCCCAUUUGAGAACUGAUGAAGUUGAGACUCAAAGAGUUUGAACUACUUGUCCCAGAUCAUACAACUUGUACAGAGCACUGAAUAAAUGGAUGUGGUGUUGUUGCCUCUCA